AGUGAGAAAUGAAAAAUGAAUGUAUUUAAAAAGCGGCUGAGUCCUUCUCCUGCAAUCUUCCAGAGGUCUAUGUCAGAGCAGGAUGAUGACUCUAGAAAAGUCGGAGCUAGCUUGAAGGACUAUCAUUGGUACCAUCAUGUUACAAGCAAGGGAAUGUAUGAAGGAGCAGGUUCAGAUUUAGGAAAGCUGCUUGGAGCUUACCGAUGGCAGACUCCCCCUCGACUUCGCUGGAUGGUGACCAAGAGAACAGAUGUACCCAAGACUGCUGCACAGGCUUUUAAGGCACAGACUUCAAUCGCUGAUAAUCACCAGGAAUAUUCAGAAGAGAAGCUCACCAUGCCUGCAACUCGGCCGUUUCGUGCCCCAUUUUACAGGUCUAUAUCAGAACCGACACCACACUGGAGAGAGAGAAGUCUAAAGUCACCUCUGCAACCAGAAUGUGGUGACCAGGAUAGUUACUUUACCCGUGGUUUCUUCUCUACAAUCUCCAGCAGCUUUUCUAAGGCACUGAAUCGGAAAGGGGAACAAAGUGCAGUGGAGAUAGAUGUGCCUGAGCAUGAUCAGAUGAACGUGACUACAGAUGUGACAGGACCUCCAACUCACAGACUCUCUUGUGGCCAGUCACCUGAUUCAGAAACUGUAAUAUGGGAUACCAAAUACACUAUUUUGACGGACAGCCAACUAGUGAUGCUCAACAAGGAGAAGGAGAUGGUGGUUGAAGGAGGACAGGAACCGACGACUGAGCCUCCUACCAAAGGGCGAUGCCUUCGCAGGACUGUCAGUGUUCCUUCGGAGGGUCAAUUUCCUGACUAUCCACCAGAGGGGGCUGCUAAGCUUGAGGUCCCAGCCGAGAGGUCUCCUCGAAGACGGAGUAUCUCAGGGACAAGCACAUCAGACAAAACAAAUCCCAUGGAUGCAUCAAACACGUCUCCAUUCAAAGUACCAGGCUUCUUCAGUAAACGGCUUAAAGGUUCAAUCAAAAGAACAAAGAGCCAGUCGAAGUUGGACAGGAACACCAGCUUUCGUCUUCCAUCGCUACAGCCUGCUGAUGACAGAUCCCGUGGCUUACCUAAGCUGAAAGAAUCCCGUUCUCAUGAAUCCUUGCUGAGUCCAGGCAGUGCGGUAGAGACCCUCGAUCUGGCGACAGAAGAUAGAGUUCAUGUCAAGUCACUUCACGGAAGCAUACUUGGACAAGAUUUUUGCUUUGAGGUAACCUACUCCAGUGGCAGUAAAUGCUUCAGCUGUUCUUCUGCUGCCGAAAGAGACAAGUGGAUGGAAAACCUGCGUAGGGCUAUCCAACCUAACAAGGAUAACUGCCGGCGAGCAGAGAAUGUAUUACGUCUUUGGAUUAUUGAAGCCAAGGACUUGACCCCCAAGAAGAAAUAUUUCUGUGAAUUAUGCCUGGACGAUACUUUAUUUGCCCGCACCACAAGCAAAACAAAAGCAGACAAUAUUUUCUGGGGGGAGCACUUUGAGUUCUAUAGUCUUCCAUCGAUCCACAGCAUCACUGUCCACAUCUACAAGGAUGUCGAAAAGAAAAAGAAAAAGGACAAGAAUAACUACGUUGGCCUGGUAAACAUUCCCGUAGCCAGUGUGACUGGGCGGCAAUUUGUGGAGAAGUGGUAUCCCAUCAGCACUCCGACUCCCAAUAAAGGGAAGGCUGGCGGCCCAUCCAUCCGGAUCAAAUCCCGAUACCAGACUAUCACCAUCCUCCCCAUGGAGCAAUACAAAGAGUUUGCUGAAUUCAUUACUAACAAUUACGCUGUGCUAUGCUCUGUUCUGGAACCAGUGAUCAGUGUCAGGAACAAAGAAGAGAUGGCCUGUGCUUUGGUACACAUCCUUCAGAGCACUGGCAGAGCAAAGGAUUUCUUGACUGAUCUGGUGAUGUCUGAAGUUGAUCGCUGCGGGGAGCAUGAUGUGUUGAUCUUCAGGGAGAAUACACUCGCCACCAAAGCCAUUGAGGAAUACCUCAAGUUGGUGGGACAGAAGUAUUUACAAGAUGCACUUGGUGAAUUUAUCAAAGCGCUCUACGAAUCAGAUGAGAACUGUGAAGUUGAUCCCAGCAAAUGUUCAUCCAGUGAACUGCAUGAGCACCAGGCCAAUCUCAAAAUGUGCUGUGAGCUGGCCUUCUGCAAGAUCAUCAACUCCUACUGUGUCUUUCCUCGGGAGCUGAAAGAGGUUUUUGCAUCGUGGAAGCAGCAGUUCCUCAACCGGGGGAAGCAAGAUAUCAGCGAGCGCCUGAUCAGUGCCUCGCUUUUUCUCCGUUUCCUCUGCCCAGCCAUCAUGUCGCCAAGCCUCUUCAACCUCAUGCAAGAAUACCCUGAUGAUCGUACUUCUCGAACUUUGACAUUGAUUGCAAAGGUUAUCCAGAACCUGGCAAACUUCACAAGAUUUGGGAACAAAGAAGAAUACAUUACAUUUAUGAAUGAUUUUCUAGAGCAUGAAUGGGGAAGCAUGAAACGCUUCUUGGUUGAAAUUUCUAAUGCGGACACAAUCUCCAACACACCAGGAUUUGAAGGAUACAUAGAUCUGGGAAGAGAGAUUGCUAUCUUGCAUUCUUUGCUGUGGGAAGUUGUGUGUCAGCUGGACAAGGGUGAAAAUUCCUUCCUACAGGCAACAGUAGAAAAACUGGGACCCUUGCCACGCAUCCUCACAGACAUUGCGAAGGCAACGACAAACCCUACGCCGAUUCAGCAGCAGUUGAGACGUCUGGCAGAUCACAACUCAAGUCCUAAUGUCAGCCUCUCCUCAGGGCUGCAAAAAAUAUUUGAGGACCCUGCUGACAGUGAGAUUAAGUGUAAGUCUCCACCGGAAGAAAAUGAAGGAUAUUUCAAGGGCAACUUGCUGUUGAUCCAGCAGUCAUCGUCACGGAGUGUGACUUAUUCAGACAAGGACGACGAGACUAAUCUGCCCAAUGUUCGAAGCAUAUCACUGAUGGAUCUCCAGGAUCCCAAUGCCGCGCAGUGUGAUCCCGGCUCCAUGAUGCAGGAUGCUCCCGUACGUUUAUCCGGAAGCCAGCUUUCAGUCACCCAGGUGGCAAACAUCAAGCAACUUCACAAUACUCCCCAGAGUGCUCCCCAAGUUAGGAGACCUCUGCACGCAGUAGCCAACCAGCAGGGCAGCUUACAGGCCCUUUCCUUUCGGAAUCCUGUUUACCAUCUUAACAACCCUCCUCAGCCAAUGCCAAAGGUGUCCAUGGACUCCAGCUUGGAGAAUCUGAGCAUCACUAGUUCCCGAAGCCAGAACAGUGAAGACCUUAAGCUCAGUGGGCCAAGCAACAGCAGCAUGGAGGAUUUCGCCAAACGCAGCACACACAGUGAAGACUUUUCCAGGCGGGGUGCUAUGCUGGACAAACAUAUGCCCAUUGCUUUACCCCGCCAGAAUAGUACUGGACAGACCCAGAUCCGCAAAAUGGACCAAACAGGACUGGGUGCAAGGGUGAAAGCACCCCAGUCCCUUCCCCACAGUGCUUCUCUUCGAAGCACAGGAAGCAUGUCAGUAGCUUCUGCCACAAUGGCAGCAGAGCCCAUGCAGAAUGGGAAUCGGUCCCGGCAACAGUCAUCCUCCUCCCGGGAGAGCCCAGUUCCCAAAGUGCGGGCCAUCCAGCAGCAACAAACGCAGCAGUCACCUGUAGACUCCGCCACAAUGUCGCCAGUAGAAAGGACAGCUGCCUGGGUCCUAAACAAUGGUCAAUAUGAAGAAGAGGAGGAAGAUGGUGAGCAGAACCAAGAUGGAAUCAAGCAUGCAGAAAAGUACGAGCAGGAGAUAACAAAGCUCAAGGAUCGCCUGAAGGUGUCAAAUCGUCGGCUGGAGGAAUAUGAACAGCGCCUCUUGGUACAAGAGCAGCAAAUGCAAAAGCUCUUGAUGGAGUACAAGACAAGGUUGGAAGACAGUGAGGAACGUCUGCGAAAGCAGCAGGAGGAAAAGGAUAGCCAGAUGAAGAGCAUCAUCAGCAGGUUAAUGGCUGUAGAAGAGGAGCUGAAGAAUGACCACGCAGAGAUGGAGGCAGUGAUAGAGAUUAAACAGAGAAUAAUUGAUGCACAGGAACGACGGAUCUUCUCUCUGGAUAGAUCCAAUACACGGUUAACGAAAGCCCUAGCGCAAGUGAAGGAACGCUACAGUAUGCAGGCCCGGAACGGCAUUGUGAGUGUUUGAGAAGAGCACAAAGGAAGGACAGCUGUAUGCUCUCCGUGACUAAGGGGAAGUGAUGUCAACAUAAAUUCCUGCCAUCUUUCUUAAAACUCACCCCAAGACAUUCACUCAAACUGUUUCAUAUUAGCAAAAGCAAGCCCUUCCCAUCUAGCACUACAUAGUAUCUGCCUCCUGCUGUUUCUCUUUUUGUGUGUUAUUUUAUUGAAUUUUUUUAAAAAAUUAGCAAUGUAAUAUGUAAAUUUUAAUGCCCCAAAUGAACUAAACCCCUCUGUUGUUCUAGUUUAUUAAUAAUCUGCUUUAAAGCAGUAUUUGUUAAUGUACCCUUUCUUCAGACAUGUUUUUAUUCCACACACAAAAAAUUAAUAGAGCUACCAGUUUCCUAGAACUAUAGGUACAGAAGCUCAGUAUGUUUGUAAAUAGUAGUAAGCUUACUACUACCUCCCUGCAUCAUUCCUCAAGUGGUGUUACUGCUUGUUGCGCUUUCUGUUCUUUAACACUAAGAAGCUUGACGGCUGUUAAGAAUUUCCCUACUAAUUCUUCAUGUUUCUGUUUUUGCCAAAUUUGAUUUUCAGUAGCAAGCCCAAGUCAUCAAACUGAUAAAUGUAGGGUGCUUAGUAACUGUGAAUUUGGAUUUAGAGCAUUCCCUGCCCACAUUUCAGCUAAUAAUAUGUAUUAGUUCACCCACUUCAAAGUUUAAUAAGCCUGGCAACCUAUUAUUUCUUGUAAGCUUUUGUAUCUCCUUCCAACAAUAUCUUGUGAUUUUUCACGGUCACCAAAUAGGCAAGUACUAAGCCUGAUUUACUUCAUGCUUCCCUCAUCUACCAGUGGCAAAAAUAUACAUUUUUGUUACUUCUUGUAGCCUCAUUAGUUCUGCUGGAAGAGAAUCUUCUACUCGUAUUUUCUGCUUUGAUUGCCACAAUAAGUUGUGGCCUGCUUUGCAAAUGGCACUCCACUAUGAUCUCCUUUAUUUGUAGAUCCUGUUCUCAUAUCCAAUAGUUUGAGUUCAUACAAAUUUUAUGGAGGCUAAAAGGUAACAACUUUAAAUUCAGAUUCAGGUUGUUUAUAUCAACAUUCUUUGCCCUUUUGCGCUGCAAAAUCUUUUUUUAAUUGAUUCUCAAAAGCCUUUUCUUAAUACAUAAAUCUUAAAAUGGUUUCAGCUUAGCAUUUUCCCAUUUUAGUCUUCUAGCUGUAGGGGGGAAAGUAUGACUUACAACACUGCUAGCAAGGAAUAAGACCCCAUUUAUUCUCAUUCACUUAUAUUCCCAUCCAUAUUUAUAUAGGCUGUGCAAAACUUUGCUUGCCUAAACUUGAGAGAAAGGUAGCUCUCCGGAUCUUUAUAGGCUGUGAAUCCCAGAAUCCUAAGCCAUGUGGCCGGUGGCAAGGGACGUUGCAAGUUGUGGUCCAGCAACAGCAACUGGAGGCACAUUCCACAUCCUUGGUUUCAACUGAAUAUUUCAAUCUUGUCUUAUCAGUUGAUCAGCCUGGUGCUAACAGCCUGCUCCUUGGGAGAGGCAACUCUUACCCUUCAAUUGCACUUUAAAGGGAAGCUCCUGUGCUGGAUAUGUCCAUUGUAUGGCAACAGCAGCAACUUAGGGGCAGCACAACAGUUAUUGUCCUUUCUUCCUCACGUUCCAUAUUUUCCUGAAGCUCCUACAAUAUUUUGAGAGCCUCAUGGCACCCAUAAAGGGAAGAGGACCUAUAUAUCUCAGUAAGCAUCAUCUCCAAGUGAGGGAGGCUUGAACUCUAGAAGUUCAUGCCAAUUUGUAGCUUCCUUCCAAUUUUAGCCAUUAGAAAGCAUGGUGGGCUUCCAUAAGUGCAAAGCUGUGGGCAGCUCUGUGAUCAUCCUGGUCACCGUUCUAUGAAUCUCUCCCUAAAAUCACUUUGAUUUAUGUAUAGAGGAAUUUGACUUCUGUAUAGAGGAAUUUCUGUCCUUUUCUUAGCUAACCUCCCACAAGAGAAAGCAGAUGCAGAACAAGGAUAUAUAUGUGUGUGUGUGUGCUGAGACCUUAGAGUUCUACCUGUACAAUAGAUCUGCUGUCUCCAGAGCCUUAAUAAGAAUGUUAUCUUACCAGCCUUUUUUGCAUUGCUAGCUUUGAAUAAUUUAUUUCAAUAUGCUUUACCCUAACACAGUACCUUUUUUCCCUGCUACAUACUCCUCCUGCCUGUAUUAUUAUGCCAGUAGUACUGGACUCUUUGAGUCUUCAGGAUCCACUUCUGCAUUUCAUUGUCUGGGUUUGUUCUAAAGAAGAUUUAUUUUUGUUCUGUGAAUAUUUUUGGACAGUUUCUUGUAUAUGUACAGAUAUAGAUACAUUUGAGGUCUUUUAUUGAUAUUCCUACAAAGAAUUACAAAAUAAACUAUUACUUUAAAAAAUUGGA